GUACCGAGCGUGCGUCAAACCGCUCAGAGUUGAAUAAAAAGGAAGGGCGGGGAAAUAUCGGGGUAUUUAGUUUGUGCGACUUUUAUUGCUGCUGUGAUAUAACCCAGCUAGCCCGUUGACUGUUUUAUUGUUUGGAGAGAGCAGUGCGCGUCAAUGAAAGGUUUAGGUAAAGUUGUUGCUGAGUUGUGUGUGAGUUCUUAACCUCCUGGCUCCUCUGCUCCUGUCAUCAUUACGCACGGGAGGAAUCCCGCUCCAGGAGCGACAAGAGGACGUUGAGAACAGGAAUGUUGAGAAACAGUAGUGGAACAGAGAAGAAAACCUUCACUUUCGCAUCAUGAAGACUGGAGGGACUGAGUGUGAGCCUGUUGAGAGACUGUCCUGGAGCUUUACUGGAGGUCAAGGGAGGAUUAGGCUGUCUCUAGCCCACCCAGGGCUGCUGCUUCUGGGGAUGGUACUGCUGGUCCUCCUGCCCUCUGGAGCAAGUGUCAAACAGAGUGUCCCCAGAGUCCAACUCAGCUACAAAGAGCUUGUCCAGAGUGGUAGUGUAUCAGUGUUCCUGAGUCCUACUGAUGGUCUCCAUUCCCACUCUGUGUUGUUGGAUGAGGAGAGAGGCAGGCUGCUGCUGGGAACCAGAGACUCAGUUUACCUACUGGACCCUGACCACCUCAGUAGAGCCCCCAGGAAGAUCAGCUGGCCAGCCCCCAGAGACAGAGUUGAGAUGUGUAAACUGGCCGGCAAGAAUGCUCAUUUGGAGUGUGGCAAUUUUGUGCGUGUGCUUCACAACUAUAACCACACCCAUCUGUAUACCUGUGGGACAGGAGCCUUCCACCCCAUGUGUGCCUUCAUUGAGAUCUCAGGACGCAGAGAGGAGGGUGUGUUCCAGUUGUUGUCCGGUACAGUGGAGUCUGGGAGGCUGAAAUGUCCUUACGACCCCAGGCAACCUUUCACCUCUGUACUCACAGAUCAAUUCCUGUAUGCGGGCACAGCAUCAGACUUCCUGGGUAAAGACACAACUUUCACCCGCUCCCUGGGCCCGCCCCCUGACCAGCACUAUAUACGCACUGAGAUCUCAGAGGACUACUGGAUCAACGAGGCCAGGUUUAUAUCAGCUCACCCUGUGUCUGACACCUACAACCCUGACGAUGACAAGAUCUACUUCUUCUUCCGAGAGUCAUCACGCGACAGGAGCGAUAAGAGUGUCCUGUCCCGCGUAGCACGCGUCUGCAAGAAUGACGUGGGAGGGUUGAGGAGUCUGACCAAUAAGUGGACGACGUUCCUCAAAGCCAGACUGGUGUGUUCCAUCCCUGGACCGGAAGGAGUGGACACACACUUUGACGAGCUCCAGGACAUAUUCAUGCUUCCCACUAGAGAUGAGAAGAACCCUGUAGUGUAUGGAAUCUUCACCACCUCCAGCUCUGUGUUCCGUGGCUCGGCGGUGUGUGUGUACAGCAUGGCUGACAUACGAGCUGUGUUCAACGGACCCUACGCUCACAAGGAGGGACCUGACCAUCGCUGGGUAGAAUAUGAGGGGAGAAUACCUUACCCUCGCCCUGGAACGUGUCCCAGUAAGACGUAUGACCCCAGGAUAAAAACCACCAAGGACUUCUCAGACGAGGUGGUCAGCUUCAUCCGCUUCCACCCACUCAUGUUCCGCUCCGUCUACCCCCUGACCGGCCGGCCCGUGUUCACACGUGUACGUGUCGACUACGCACUGACACAGAUAGUGGUGGACCGCGUCAUGGCUGAGGAUGGACAGUAUGAAAUCAUGUUUCUGGGUACAGAUGCUGGGUCAGUGCUGAAGGUGGUGAGCAUCACUCAGGAGAACUGGUCCACUGAGGAGGUGAUUUUGGAGGAACUCCAGGUGUUCCAGACUCCCACUCCAAUCCUGAGUAUGGAGAUCUCUUCUAAACAGCAACAGCUAUAUGUGGGUUCGGGGGCGGGGCUAGCCCAGGUGUCACUGAGCAGGUGUCACCUGUAUGGUCAGGUGUGUGCAGAGUGCUGCCUCGCCAGAGACCCCUACUGUGCCUGGGACGGACACACCUGCUCACGGUACAUCUCUGCAUCCAAGAGGAGAGCUAGGAGACAAGACAUUAAACAUGGAGACCCAUCCAGCCAGUGUUGGGACACAGAUGACACUCUGCGUGGAGGCAGGGUGGAGGAGAGGAUAAUGUUUGGGGUGGAGAAUAACUCAACCUUCCUGGAGUGUCUCCCCAAAUCACAACAGGCCACCAUACGCUGGUUCAUACACAGACCUGGAGCUGAACACAGAGAGGAGGUGAGGCCAGAUGACAGAGUGGUCUUUACAGACCGUGGUUUUCUCAUCCGCUCUCUCCAUCCUGCCGACGCUGGCGUGUAUGUGUGUGUGGCACAGGAACACACACACUUCACACACACUCUGCUCCGCCUUACACUUCGUCUCAUUCCCUACGGGCAUCUGGAUGGGCGGACCAAGCCCAGCGAGGACCCCAGCGUCGAAGUUCGCCCCGGGGCUGAGUCUCGUCAGCGCUAUAAGGAUUAUCUGCGUGUGAUGAGUUCUCCCAUUGGCUCGCUGGAGGACUACUGUGAUUCGCUGUGGCAGGAAAAGAGGCCGGCCAAUAGGAGAGGGGGGAGAGGGCAGGGGGCGGGGUUAGGGGCAGGAAAAUGGAAACACAUCCAGGAGCUGAAGAAGAGCAGGAACAGACGACACCAUGGAGAGAGGGGUGCAGAGAGGGAUAAAGAGAAGCAUGGCGAGAGAGGUGCAGAGAGGGAUAAAGAGAAGCAUGGCGAGAGGGGUGCAGAGAGGGAUAAAGAGAAGCAUGGCGAGAGGAGUGCAGAGAGGGAUAAAGAGAAGCAUGGCGAGAGGGGUGCAGAGAGGGAUAAAGAGAAGCAUGGCGAGAGGAGUGCAGAGAGGGAUAAAGAGAAGCAUGGCGAGAGGAGUGCAGAGAGGGAUAAAGAGAAGCAUGGCGAGAGGGUAGGGCAGUGGAGGAGUGGAUGAAGUGGUGAGGGUACCAACGAGGAGGAGUUGCUACUGAAACAGCAGUAGCGAAAAGUGUAAUCAGUCAAAAUAUUAGGGGAGACCAUCAAUGUUUAUAGGUGUAAGACGGGACAAUAGGGAAGAUGAUCAUGUUUAGUUGAGGGAUAGUUAUAACGGCAUGGGAACAGGGAUCCUGCAGUUGAUAAUAUGGACCACGGUAGACUCUUCUUACAGAGGUAUAAUCUUCUUUCAUACCAGUCAAACACUCAUAGGGCUCACGUAGGCCUGGAUUCUCAAACUACACUACCCAUGAUCCCUAUGGCUGUGUCUCAAUAGUGUCUCAGUGCCUUUACUGACGUAUCAAAGUAACCUUAUUUAAGAAGGGCUGCAGCUAAUGUCAAAAGUUAUUUUAAAUUCCAGCGAAAGUUUAGAACUUGUCUGCCGAAUUUGUGACUUUGGAGAGUGUUUAGAAUCAUUAUGUUUUGAUCGUAGUACACGGUAACGCCGUAGUUGUACAUUUAAGGGGAACAUCACUGCAAUCACUAUGCCUUAGUUGUCAAACUGAUAUUGGCUACACUUGCUACAAACAACUUUUUUUUGACAAUUUUAACUACUGCCUUUGCAAGCUAACAAGCAUUAACUAACUAAGCUGGCUUUCGGUGGGUGGGUAGGUUUGUUCAAAGUCUAAGUUCACAGCGAGAGUGUGACAUGACCUUGACAUUAGCUGCAUCCCUUCUAGCCAUAACUCUAUUUUAGCCGUAUGAGACGUGCCCAGAGCUCAGUGUGUUGUGUCUUAAUCAGAUGCAUUCAUGUUGAAUGACUGUAAAUACUUCUAUAACAUGUACAGGUGAAACUGCAUGCUCUAGUUAAGCUUAGAUAGGACCUAUUCUACUGUUACUAUGAUAAUCACAUAUUAUGUCUAGAAGGAACAAAGAAUCAUAUUUUUGUACAAAGUGAAUGUUUCUCUUUUUGUAGGUAGAUUUAUUUUGGUAGAGUCUGAAAGUUAUGUAAAUAAACUCUUGUCUUAUAAUU